ACCUGAACAUCGACGUCAUCUGGCCAUCAACACCAACGCCGCGCCUCACCAAAGCUUAUAGAUAUACCCACCGGCCCGCUCCUAAUUGAAAACCCCGCGAUGAUCCAGCAACCCUAACCAUGCCCGCCCUCGUCCGCAAACUCCUCGUCUUCGCCGCCGUCGACGGCCUGAUCCUGCAGCCCGCCCCGCCGCGGAACCACCCCCCCGCGACCCAGCAGGCCAUCAAGAUCGACUACAAGGGCAACAUCGCGCCGCUGCUCAAGGACCGGCGCGAGACGGACACGACGGCCGUCUCGCUGGAGGCGCAUGGCAUCGUUGGGCUGUUGAAGGUUGCGUCGUCGACGUUCCUGAUCUCGAUCUGCGGCCGCGAGCAAGUCGCCCAGGUCCGCGGGAAGCCGAUCUAUGUGAUUACAGAUGUGGCGCUCAUCCCGCUGUCGUCGCAGCAAGAGGCGGAUAAGGCUAUUGUGGCGGCGAGAGAGCAUUUGAAGCGGCACGCCAAAGCGGGCGAAGCGGGCACAGAGGAGGAUAACGAGAGCGACGAUGAUGAGAGCAGGAGUAUCACUGGGGACUCGUUGGACGAUGAGGCAGCGCCGCCCGUGCAUGAGGAAGUGAAGGAUGCGGUGACGGGACAGCGGGGGCUGUUGGAGCGGAAAACGAGUGUGGUGGAGGAUGUGAUCGGGAAGAAGGGGGUCUAUGGGCGAUUUGCGGAUAAGUGGUUCUCGAAGCGCGGGUGGAGUGCUGAGGGACGGCGGAUGCAGGGGAUGAGUUCUGAGGAGGAUGUAUCGACAAAGAAGGCGCAGACACCGCCGAAUGUGGAGUUGACGCUAGAAGAGUCAGAAGAGGCGGCUAAAGGCCCUGUCAAUCCUGAGGAUGCGCCGGAAGGGGUCAAAGAGGAGGUUGAGGCGCCAGUGAGCCCGGAGGAGAUUCCAAAGGUGUUGGCGCAGCCGGUGGAUAGCUCGACGGUGGAGCUGUUGCCGAAGAUCUUAAGAACGACGAAGCUGUAUUUUAGCUCAAGGAGCUUCUUCUUUUCGUAUGAUUAUGAUGUUUCGAGGAGUCUAGGACGGCAGCAGGGGGUGGGGUCUAGUCUGCCGCUUUUCAAACAGUUUGAUCCUCUUUUCUUUUGGAACCGCCAUAUAAUGAGCCCGCUAAUAGACGCUGGGCAGUAUACGUUUGUCCUCCCACUGAUGCAGGGAUUCGUCGGUCAACGAGCUUUCACGGUUGACAUUUCAGGAGACUCGUCAAAGAGCGCUGUAGUUGACUCUGCUUCAAAACCAGAAGAUGUUAUUGCUGCACAGCCGGAGGCAGAUUCUCUGGGAACAUCUCCUGAUACAGGUGGUAAACCACCAGCGACCGAAGAACCAGGAAAGAAAGACUUCCUGCUCACUAUAAUAUCACGACGCUCUAUCAAGCGUGCUGGUCUGCGUUAUCUUCGGCGAGGUGUCGAUGAUGAAGGCAAUGCUGCCAAUAGCGUGGAAACCGAACAGAUACUCUCCAGGCCGACUUGGAAUUCCACUCAAGACAAGAUCUACUCGUUCACGCAAUAUCGAGGUUCCAUUCCACUCUUCUUUUCGCAGUCUCCUUACAGCCUCAAACCCCUACCCAUGUUCUUUGGGUCCCCAGAAACUAAUGCCGCUGCCUUCAAAUUACACUUCUCCACCCUCGCCUCUCGAUACGGUAGCAUUUACUGUGCAUCUCUAGUCGACAAACACGGAACCGAAUCUAAGAUCGGCGAAGCGUUUGAAAAGCACGCAGGGGAGCUCAACUCAGCCGGUGGAAUAGACGGCAAAGGAACUCAACUCGGGUUCGAAUGGUUCGAUUUCCACAACGUCUGCCGCGGGAUGCGUUUCGAGAAUGUCUCCCUCCUCAUCGACACCCUCGGCCCCUUCCUCACGACCUCCGGCUUCACAGUCAUCUCCAACGACAAGCCCAUCCAGACCCAAACCGGCGUCCUCCGCACAAACUGCAUGGACUGCCUUGACCGCACCAACGUCGUACAGUCGGCCUGCGCGCGCACCGCCCUCGAAUCCCAACUAGCAUCGCACUCCCCAUCCAUCCACAUAGACCUCCACACCGACCCCUCGACCGCCUGGUUCAACACCCUCUGGGCCGACAACGGCGACGCCAUCAGCAAACAGUACGCUGGUACCGCUGCCCUGAAAGGCGACUUCACACGCACCCGCAAGCGCGGCGUCGCGGGCGCCCUCGCCGACUUCGGCCUCACCCUCAACCGCUACUACAACAAUAUCGUCAACGACUACUUUGCGCAGGCCCUCAUCGACUACCUCCUCGGCCGCGCGACCGACUCGAUCUUCGCGGAGUUCGAAGCUGAUAUGAAGAGCGCUGAUUACGCGGUCGACUUGCGCAAAGUGCGGCAGGCAGCCAUUGAGCGCUGCGCUGGCAUCGUGAUUGAAGACCCGGAGGAAGAUCUCGUCGCGGGCUGGGCGCUCAGCUGUCCCAGUGCCGCGAAUUCGCUGAAGACGGCGCGGUUUGAGGAGGCGGUGCUGCUGCUGACGGACCAAGCACUCUACUUCUGUCGGCUGGACUGGGGCACGGAGAAAGUCGCGGCGUUCGAGCGGAUAGCGCUGGACCAGCUGGACGCCGUCAGUCGGGGCGUGUAUAUCACGAGUACGCUGGCGAAGCGGCAUGUGGACGAGGCCAAGAACGUGGGCUUUGUGCUCAGGUAUCGCGCGGAGCUUGGCAAAGAGUUGGUGCGGGUGAACACGAGGAGUUUGGAUAGUGGGGUGCAAGAAACGACGGCGAAGGGAAAGGAGGAGGGCAGGUUCCUGGCGUUCAAGGCGCUGCCGCCCAAGAGUAGCUUUGGGGGUGGGGACGGGGCAGACGAGGCGGUGAGUGAGGGGGAGGUGGUAAAGUUGAUUUGUGAGGAGAUUGUAGCUGUUGCUAAUAAGGCGAGGAAGGGUGAGAAAGGGGCAGUGGAGGGAGAGAGAGAGGAGGGGCAGGGAGUAAAGCCAUUGGUAGAGGAGGAAAAGGAUGUUAUUAGUCUGGUAGAUGCGAAGAAGAGCACUGGGUAUUUGGAACAGCUGGGAUACUCGCUCAAGAAGUUUGUGUGGGCGUAGAUAAAUAUACUGCAGUACUAGGAUAUGAGUUAGGCAAAGCACCCUUUCGACUGUCUUUUGCCUUGUUGCAUUUCAAAAAGGCACGAAUUCCGGAUGGCGCCAUGCGCCUCUGUUUUCAGCUAUUUACUCAAAUCUAU